AUUUAAUUUUUUUUAGUCAAUCGAUCGACGAGUUCCAAUUUUUUACAAAUUUUUGUCGGAAAAUAGCGUUUAACCAGUGAAAAAUGAGUUACAACAGGCCCAGUACCGGCUACUACCACCCUCGCCAACCGGAUCCACCGGGAAGUCACUCGUACCAACGCCCUUCGCCCAAACCUUCUCCGGAUCCACCUCCGCCGGGAAUUUCACCGCUUCCUUCCCCAGACUUCACCAUUCCUCCGCCGUCGCUCUCAUCCGGCGUACGUCCCCCAGGACCGUCCUAUCAUUCCAAAGCCCCGGAAGCCCCCUCCAGCUACCAUAGAUAUUCCAAGUCCUCCUCCUCCUCGUACCAACACUCGUCGCACUCUUCCGGCUCAUCGUCCCGGUACAACGAUCGCGCCAGCGAAAGUCGCCGUGACCACUACCGCCCGUCAUCCGAGCGAUACCACCACCGAGACUACCGCGCGACCAGCUCGCCACCGCACUCGUCCGGAGCGCAUCACGCGGGCCGCAGCUACUCGGUUCCGAACCGGGCCGAGCCGGAUUACCGGAGGCGUCCGCGGAGUCGCGAUCGCGAUCGAUCAGCGCGGGGUGAGUCCGCUAGGCGGUAUGACGGUGGCAUAUCGUCGGUGUCGUCCUCGUCGUCGAUUACGAGUGUCACGUCCGGCAAGGAGCGACCGUCGCGGGCUUCGCGGUUUAAGUUGGACUCGGAACGUGAGGCGAUCUUGACCAAGUGGCGCAAAAACUACUGCGAAACUCCGGAGGACAUCCGGCGCAAGUUGGCCGAACUGACCAACGACGAGGAGAAGAGCAGCUGGGUGCGAUCGUCGCCGGCGGAUUUGUACUACCGUCGGGUGUCGGACAAGGUGGUAGAAUCUACGCCCCGCCAGGAUGCGCUCUGUUCGCUGUUUGAAUCGGAACUAAUCGAACGGGCUCAGAAGGUGCGCUCGAAGCAGCCUCCGUACCAGCCGCCCCCGCGGAAGCAUAAGGUGCGCGUCUGUCGGCACAAGAACGACAAGUGUUCGUCCUCGGACUCGGAAUCGGACGAUGAGUUGAACUUUGAGGAGGAGUGCAGUAUGGAGGAGUUGACGGCAAAAAUUCAGCAUCCCUACCGGUUGCACGUGGAUUUGUGGUACAACGAUCCGGGUGAGAUGAACGAUGGUCCGCUGUGCCGGUGCUCGGCCAGGUCGCGUAGGAGUGGCAUUCGGCAUGGGAAGUAUCCGGGCGAAAGCGGCUUCACCAAGUGCGUUCCCAACUCGAACAACGCGGACAAGUUGUACCACUACCGGAUUACGAUUUCUCCGCCGACGAAUUUCCUCACGAAGACGCCGACGAUCAUCAAGCACGAUCAGCACGAGUUCCUGUUUGAAGGGUUCUCGAUGCUGUCCCAUCAAUCGAUCGGAGAGUUGCCCACUUGCAAGGUCAUUCGCUUCAACAUCGAGUACACGAUCCUCUACAUUGAGGAGCAGUUGCCGGAGAACUUUACGAUUCGCGAGUUGGAUCUGUUUGAGCGAUUCAUGUUCAAGGAACUUCUGGAACUGGUUGACUUUACCGUCUUCCCGUCGGGAGCCAAUGCUGAAGAUUCGUGUCCAUGCUAUCACUUCCUGCCAAGAUUCGUGCGCGACCUGCCAGACAACGGGAAAGAAGUGCUGGCCAUGAGCGAAGUUCUACGCUACCUCCUCGACAACUCCGGUCCUCUUGUCGCCCCGGACAUCCUGAAAGAGAUGAACGAAAUGAGCCAAAUUGAGUGGCAAGAUUACGUCGAUUACGUCAAAGGGAUGGUGGUCACUAAUCCGGGCAUGAAACCGUGCUCGGUUCGUGUUGAUCAGCUCGAUCGUAAUGUGACGGACGUCCCAAAAGAGACCCUCACCGACGAAGACGGACUCAUCCACCCGGUGAUCGUCCACUUUGGCAUUCGUCCACCGCAGCUAAGCUACGCCGGCAAUCCAGAGUACCAGAAGGCGUGGCGCGAGUACGUCAAGUUCCGCCACUUGAUCGCGAACAUGUCCAAGCCAUCGUUCGAGGACAAACGUAAACUCGAAGCCAAGGAGAACCGCCUGCUGGAGAUGCGAACUCAGGGCCGGAUGAAGCGCAACAUUACGGUCGCGGUCAGCGCCAAAGGAUUUCACCGAACCGGAAUCAUGUGCGACAUGGUGCAGCACGCGAUGGUCAUCCCGGUCCUAACCGGACACCUGCGUUUCCAUCGUGCUCUGGACGCGCUCGAAAAGUACAUCGAUUACACGUUCACCAACCGGUACACGCUCCAGCUCGCCCUGACCCAUCCUUCGUACAAAGAAAAUUUCGGCACAAACCCGGACCACGCCCGGAACAGCCUGACCAACUGCGGCAUCCGGCAGCCCGAGUACGGCGACCGGAAGAUUCAUUUCAUGAACACGCGCAAACGGGGCAUCAACACGCUGAUCAGCAUCAUGUCCCGGUUCGGCAAGGAGUACGAAACGGACAGCAACAUUACGCACAACGAGCGGCUCGAGUUCCUCGGGGAUGCCGUCGUGGAGUUCAUCACGUCGAUCCACCUGUUUCACAUGUUUCCGGAUCUGGAGGAGGGUGGCCUUGCGACGUACCGCGCAGCGAUCGUCCAGAACCAACACCUCGCCGUACUCGCUAAAAAACUUCACCUGGAGGAAUUUAUGCUGUACGCGCACGGAUCGGACCUGUGCCACGAGCUGGAACUUCGCCACGCUCUGGCCAACUGCUUCGAAGCUCUGAUGGGCGCACUCCUGCUGGACGGUGGCAUCGAAACGGCCGAUCGAGUCUUUGCGUACGCGCUCUUCCAGGAGGACGAAAGUCUGAGUAAGAUUUGGAUCAACUAUCCACCGCAUCCGCUGCAGGAGCAGGAACCGCUCGGCGAUCGGCACCACAUCGAGUCGUUCGAGAUGCUGAAGACGUUGACCAAGUUUGAGGAGUCGGUCGGGGUUUGCUUCAACCACAUUCGGCUGUUGGCACGAGCGUUCACCGAUCGAUCGAUCGGUUUUACUAACUUGACCUUGGGUUCGAAUCAGCGGUUGGAGUUCCUUGGAGAUACGGUGCUUCAGCUUAUUUGUUCGGAAUAUCUGUACCGACACUUUCCCGAACAUCACGAAGGUCAUCUUUCGCUGCUGCGGAGCUCGCUGGUCAACAACCGAACCCAGGCCGUGGUCUGCGACGAUCUCGGCAUGACCUCGUACGCCGUCUACUCCAACCCGAAGGCGGACCUCAAAACGAAAGAUCGCGCCGAUUUGCUGGAAGCCUUCCUCGGUGCCCUGUACGUGGACAAAGGACUCGAACACUGCGAAACGUUCUGCCACGUGUGUCUGUUCCCUCGGUUGCAGGACUUCAUCAUGAACCAGGACUGGAACGACCCGAAGAGCAAGCUGCAGCAGUGCUGUCUCACGUUGCGCACCAUGGACGGCGGCGAGCCGGACAUUCCGAUCUACAAGGUCAUCGAGUGCAACGGCCCGACCAACACGCGCGUAUACACGGUCGCCGUUUACUUCCGCGGCAAGCGCCUAGCCUGCUCCAACGGCCACAGCAUCCAGCAGGCCGAGAUGAACGCGGCCAAGCAGGCGCUCGAAAACUCCAAGGAUCUGUUCCCGCAGUUGGACCACCAAAAGCGCGUCAUUGCGCAAAGCUUGAAGCGCCAAAAGGUGAGGACCGGUGACCGGUCCGACCACGAGCGACGCGAUUCUUCCGACUCGGGCACGGACUCGUACCGGAAGCGACGCCGCAAGGUGGUGCCGGAUUCGCCCCAACUGCCCAAACAGUACCAAGUCAAGAGCGACAGUGAAAGUGACGACUCGGAGCGGGAGCGAAGGCGACGGCGCGGCAAAAAGAAGGAACCUGCUCCGAAAGAGACAAGGCCAGCUGUUCCGUUGGUUGAGCAGUACGAAGCCCUGUCGGACGAGGCGGAUAUGGGACUGGAGGCGAUUUCGGAAUCGGACGAGGAUUUUGGUGGAGGAGGAGCAGCGACUGCGAAGAAGGAACAUUCGAGCAGUUUGACGUCGCUCGUGAGCGCCGAUGAGGACGAGUCCGCCGAAAAGGUGGACAAACCGGUGACUUUCGCCAACUCAGUGCAGAUGUUCAAGGUGGAAGGAUCUCCCUUCUCGUCGGAUCUGGAAUCCGGGGAGAUUGAGUAGAGUUUCUCAAAAAAUAAAGCUUCUUGACGACAGUCACAUACUAAUUAUAAGAACUUGGAAAAUAGUGUAUUGUUAACUAAAAUAAAAAGCCACUUAUCAACAAACGGUUCAA